GGCGAACAGGUAGGCUGUUGUCGGGAGUGCGCGGCUUGCAGACGUCAUGUUGAGUAAAAGUGUGCUGUAGUUGAGAGGAAGAGGGAACAUCAGCGGUUUGUUUGGACGGAGGAAGGAAGCUGUCGCAGGAAAAAGCGAUGAAAGGCCUAUAAUUAUCUCCAAGUGCUUUUUUUUGUUGUUUCUUCCGACCUCACAGGGACGGGCGGCUUGAAGAAGGGACUCCGGGUUGUCUGAAAACAUGGAGAAAUGGUGCUGCAAACGCGACCCUGCAGCGCUUUAAAGUGUGCUCCAGCGUAUGAACUCGCGCACUCUUCAGCCCGCACAUUGAGCUGUUUGAAUUAGUUCAGUCGAAUCAAUAUUUAUGCGUUUGGGACCGCUGGGAGCCGCCUGCACUCUUCCUGUUGAAGGCUGAGGACUGGAGCAGUGAUGGAGGACAUCGACCUCGAGCAGAGCGAGCCAUUCCCCGUGGACCGCGAUGGCAGAAGGUUCAGGGGCGGAGCAGACCGGCCUGAUGGCGACAGGAAGAUGGGAUGCUGUGAGAAGUUCCAGCAGUCUGUCUCCAGGUGGAUGCUCCCAGAAGACUCCCGCAGCAAGUACCUGGAGCGUGCCAACUGCUGCCCGCCUCCCAUCUUCAUCAUCCUCAUCAGUAUUGCAGAGCUGGCAGUGUUUAUCUACUAUGCUGUGUGGAAGCCUCAGAAGCAGUGGGUGACCCUGGAUGAAGGCAUCUGGAACAGCCCACUCACAUACAAGGCCGAGCGCCGGCAGGAAGCGUGGCGCUUCAUCUCCUACAUGUUCGUCCACGCCGGUGUGGAGCACAUCGUGGGCAACCUGGUGAUGCAGCUGCUGCUGGGAAUCCCGCUGGAACUGGUCCACAAAGGUUUUGAAGUGGGAAUGGUUUACCUGGCAGGCGUCCUGGCAGGCUCUUUGUGCAGCUCCAUCUUUGAUCCCCUCAGUGCUUUGGUGGGAGCUUCUGGUGGUGUUUAUGCCCUAAUAGGAGGCUAUUUUAUGAAUGCAGUGGUGAAUUUCCGAGAGAUGAUUCCUCUCCUUGGAGUGUUUCGCAUCCUCGCCAUUGUGAUUUUUGUUGGCACGGAUUUUGGAUUUGCCUUCUACAGAAGAUUUGUCAACGACGAGGCUGGUUUGAAGGUGUCCUUUGUGGCUCACUUUGGAGGAAUUGUGGCCGGCAUGACCAUCGGCUACGUCUUCUUCAGCGCUUACAACAAGAAGCUCCUCAAAGACCCGCGCUUCUGGCUGUGUAUAGUGGCCUAUAUAGCCUUUGUGAUCUUUGCUGUGAUCUUCAACAUCUUCUUGUCCCCGGCAACAUAGUAUGACAGAGCCGCACUCAGCAACCUCUUUUAAAAGUUAACACUAAAAGCCUUAAUGUCACACUCAGGAAGCUGUUUUUAACUGAUGUGUUUCUGAGCACCGCUGCUCUUCAGGGACUGUGUGAAUGUGGUGCACAGAGUGUUUCUUUAUUUCAUAGUAGUUUCCUCUUUUUAGAGCUGAAUUUGUGAGUUCAAGUGGAAGAGUGCCUCCUGCUGUUCAUGCUUAGCAUUGCAGAAGGAAUUUGACAUUUUUAGACAAGGAAACGGUGCCUUUAAAAAAUUCCUCACUUAGAGCUGAAUUAAAUGUUGUAUACAGUGAGUAACUGAUAUUUGCCUUAAUUCCAGAUUUGGCCUUUUUUGUGUUUGAGGGUUUUAUUGUGAAAAUUUAGAUCUUUUUGUACUUUUUCAUGAUUAUCAGGAAAUGUAUGGACACUGGUCUCAUUUCAUGUCAUUUCUAUUUAAUAGGAAACAAUGGCUGUUUAACUUAAUAAUUGUAUGCUCCUCUGCGCUGUUGAUCAUUUUCUGUUGAAUCAUCAUGGCCUCUUAUGGACUUUCAGUAUUCAUGAAAUGUGCCUUAAACAUGGUGACCACAGAAUGUGACAUGUUGAUUGGCUGUAUGUCGACACAACAAGAAGAAAGAGAUAUAGAGUUUAUCAUCCCUUCUUGUUGUAAACAAAGAGCUGGUUUACCAUCAGGCCUUGGCUUAAUGCCCUGUUAUUGUUCAGCCACAUCCUGUUGACAGGAUGUGGCUAAUUACAUGUUCAGUUAUAAAACCGAUCACUUACAGACAAAGCUCUGUCUUCAAACAUAAAUAUCCGGCUCGUGGAAAAACCAUCUACUGUACUGAAUCAUAUGAAAUCCAUGUGAGGAAAUGGGAUGUAAGUUAUAGUUUAGUAACAGUACAUGAUCUGUUCCAUAAGUCUAUAAAUGAAAACUCUUUAUCACUGUUGUAUAUGUGGUGUGAGAAGGGCAUGGGGUACUGACUAUAAUUUAUAAACGCAUCUUAAUUUAGAAAAUGUACUUAAAGGCUCUAAGAUGACAUGUAAACGAUGACCAAAGACCAGACAGAGACUUCCUACACUUGGUUUCGCAUUUCCACAGCUCACUGUUUAAAGUAUUUUUAAUAAAGUCUGAUGUUUUUCA